CACGCGCUCGCUCGCUCGGGUGGGCGGGGAGGAGCCGGCACAUCUGGCCUCCAAACACGCCCAUCCUCAGCGCACGCUGACGCGCGAGUCAUUUCAGGACACGUCUUCAUGCCCGCGUGCAUGGCAAAUGUCAAGAAUUCACAGUAGCCCUGCGCUUCCUGAGCACUUAAUGGCCCUCCCCGCACUUUGGAUUUUCUUUUUACACUUUCCCGCAAGUAGAUCAAAGCUGAUAGCAGGCACAGCCUUCCUCCCAUCUUGCGCCACCACGCAGCUCGGACCAGCUCAUACUGGCACAGAGUGACUGCCGCGCUCUUAAUCUUAUUUUGUGUUGAUCACAAAAUGCCUGGAGGCCGAAUCACUCGGCGAAGGGAGGCAAGCGGGAGCAAGCAGCUAUUUUGAACUCGUAAGAUGGAAGCCAUUUUAGGUCAAGUGGGGACAUCUUGCCUCCCGGUGUAAUCCGGCUGCAAAAAAAAAAAAAGAGUCCUGGAAACACAUUCGAUGCUUCCUAUUGAUGAGGGAACUCAUAUGUCCUCUCUCAUAUUUGUGAAUUAAUUCUGUUUUGUUUGCAGUUGUGUCCACGUGGAGGAGCACCAUGCUGUUGAUAUUGACGUUUACCACUGUCCGAACUGUGACGUCCUACACGGACCCUCCCUGAUGAAAAGGCGAAACAACUGGCACCGCCACGAUUACACGGAGCCCGACGAUGGAGCCAAGCCCGUGCAAGCCGGCACCCCCGUGUUUGUCAAGGAGCUGCAGAGCAGGACCUUCUCCAGCUGCGAGGAGGUGGUGAUGCGCAUGCGCGGCGUGCAGGUGACGCCCAAGUACCUGGAGCGCUCGGGCUUCCGCCACCCCAUCGCCGUCACCGAGAUGGAAGGCCUGGGCCUCAAGCUGCCCCCGCCCACCUUCGGCGUGAGAGACGUGGAGCAGUACGUGGGCGGCGACAAAGUGAUCGACGUGAUCGACGUCGCGCGGCAAGCCGACACCAAGAUGAAACUCAGCCAGUUCAUCAAGUAUUUCACCGGCCCACAUCGCCCCAAAGUGCUCAACCUCAUCAGCCUGGAGUUCUCCGACACCAAGAUGUCCAAGCUGGUGGAGGUGCCCGACGUUGCUCAAAAGAUGUCCUGGGUGGAGAACUACUGGCCGGACGACUCGUUCUUCCCCAAGCCCUUCGUGCAGAAGUACUGCCUGAUGGGCGUCAAGGACAGCUACACCGACUUCCACAUCGACUUUGGCGGCACCUCCGUGUGGUACCACGUCCUCUGGGGCGAGAAGGUCUUCUACCUGAUCAGGCCCACGCCUGCCAACCUGGCGCUCUACGAGGCCUGGAGCUCCUCGCCCAAUCAGAGCGAGGUCUUUUUCGGGGACAAAGUGGACAAGUGUUACAAGUGCGUGGUGCCUCAGGGAACCACGCUGCUCAUCCCAACAGGCUGGAUCCACGCUGUCCUCACCUCUCAGGAUUGCAUGGCGUUCGGCGGCAACUUCCUGCACAACCUCAACAUUGGCAUGCAGCUCAGGUGUUACGAAAUGGAGCGCCGUCUGAAAACGCCGGACCUCUUCAAGUUCCCUUACUUUGAGGCCAUCUGUUGGUAUGUGGGCAAGAAUCUUCUGGAAACUCUCAAAGAACUCCGAGAAGACACCUGUCCACCUCCGACGUAUCUCACGGAGGGCGUGAAGGCUUUAAUCUGUGCACUCAAGACAUGGUUGAAGAGAGAGGUGACUCAGCCCAACAGCGAGGUCCCCGACAACAUCAGGCCAAAUCAUCUCAUCAAAGAGCUCACCAAGGAAAUACGACACCUGGAGGAGGAACCGAGUAACGGAGGAGGGGGCGUUGGCGUCAAGCCGCUCAAAUCUCAGGGAAGCAUCUGCGGGGGCGGCGGAGGAUCCAACGGGUGCCCGUCCACUCGUGCCACCCUGGAGCGUCUGUGCCAAGCGCGGCAAGCGAGGCGGGCCGCCCGCCGCCUGCGGGAGCAGCAACAGCAGCGGCAGACGCCCCGGACGUCGUCCAACCUGGACAUCCUGGAGAGACACACCAGGGAGGUGCUGAGGAGGCUGGAGGUGGGCCCCCUGGAGGAGGAUCCGGCGUUCUGCGCCAAGGUGCGGGGGAAGCUCAACAAGGCGUCGACGGCCUCGGCCGCCGCUGCCGCAGAAUCCUUGGAGGAGAACCACCUCAGACUCAUGCUGGUCAACGGCAGGAUCAUACGGGAUAUGAGGCGGCCCGCGGCUUUCCCGGUCAAAACGGAGUCCGAGAGGCACGUCACCGCCGGCGCCAACAAAAGCACCGACAUCAAGUCAGACCGGAUCAAUCGGGGGCUACACGCCGACGCCCACAAAAUUAUUGCAGAUGUGGAGAGAGUGAAAACCGAACUCAGGGAAGAAGUGUCGGGAGACACGUGUGCAUCGGAUGUAGAUUCGGACAGCGAUGCCCCCACGCAGCUCAAAGUGUCGCCGCUGUCGUCCUCUUCCGACGAGGACUCUGAGGAAGAGGAGCAAAGGCAAAAAGGACACACCAUCGAGCUGGACCAAUCUCGCCAGAAACCACUCAAACGAGAACGUCCUACCUCACCCAGCACGGAAGAAGCCAUUCAGGGGAUGUUGUCCAUGGCUGGCCUGCUGUGCCCCGCCAAGCCGGAGAAGGCAGCCUCGCCCCAGGAACCGUGGUGGUCCUCCGGCCCGGCGGGGCAGCGGGGCCCGGCGCCCCACCAGCAGGGAGUCGCCAGCCCCAUGGACAGCCAAGGCAACAGCAGAGAGGCCUGGGACAAUCAGGGCCUGCCCAGCCCAGAGCACCAUUACCAGUACUGUGACCCCAACAUGUCGCCGCCCCUGCACCCCUCCAAGAGGCACGCCUCCAACCCCCCGCCCGUCAGCAAUCAAGCCACAAAAGGCAAACGUCCCAAAAAAGGCAUGGCCACCGCCAAGCAGAGACUCGGCAAGAUUUUGAAAAUCAACAGACACAGUCGUGUUUUUGUCUAAGGAAAAAACAAAACAAAAAAAAAAAGACACUUUUUUUUAUGAGCUAUUUGGACACUUUUGUGCUUUUUACAAGUGAGACGAAGUGAAGAGGACAUACGACAAAGGGUCAUGCACCACUUCACGACAAGCACACUAACGAAAGGAAACUGAGGAGGAAGGGAGCGACUGCGGGCAUUAAAAUGGAGGAUGAGGACAAUGAGGUUUACCAAACAACUUUUGACGCCAGGUUGUGAUUAUUUCAUUUUUUUUUUUCGGGGUGGCAGAUUUCACAAAUGGUGCUCAUGCUUUGUAAGUCUCACCAGCAAUAAAAAAAAAAACUCUUAAGGGCGGCAGCUUUUUUCCCCUUUCCACUUCUUCCUUGCUUUUGAUACAAGCUUAUCGCUGCCCCUUGUUGGUUUGAAUAGGAAUCUUUCACAAAGAAAAAGCUCAUGGAUAUUCUGCUUAAUUUAUUUCUCCUUUUGUCUGAUUUUUUGGGGAUGUAUUUAUUAAUGAAGAGAUACAAUUUUAUUAUAUUUUGGAGGUUCUUAAUCUUUGUUUUUCUGUAAAUGUGGUGUGUUUGCGUUGUUGUGCUCGUCAUCUUGUUGUGUAGCAGCUGAUUUACUAAUUAUCAAUUCUUAUUCUCCCCGUAGCCAGUGUGGGUUUUUUUUUUGUUGUCCUGGGCCAUGUGCGACUAGAACGGGUCUGUUUUUAAUCAUCAAUCCACUCGUGCCACUUAGUAUUCUGAGCCACUGUGGUGCCGAGAGGUUGUGAGGAGCUUAAAAUAGUGCUGAUUUUCACAGUUGUUGACUCAGGGAAUGAUGCCAUGAACAGAAUCAAAAGCACCAGCCACCUCACAAAUGCGGAUGCUCUCACGUUUUCAUGUUUGUUUUCGUUUCCCUGCUGUUGAUUCUUUCAAAACGCAUUGCUCAGUGUUAUUGAGUCAUCCCAAAACAAGUAGCUUUAAGCUCUGCUCAGGUUGACGUGCACACAACCCGCGAGUGACUUUCAGCACACAUGCUUGUAAUUGUUCACGUAGCCGCCGCUGUCGCUUUCCUUCCUGUAGGUUUGUUAAAUCCGCCGCAGUCCCUUUUUUUUCUUUCCCUUCACUUUUGGCAUUUGUGUUCAAAGUGUGAUGGGUCCCCAAUUGCUUACGUUCUGAACAACAAAUGAGAUUCAAACACUGGCAAGCUGACACACUGUUUCUGCAUUUCAAACAAUUGCGUGUAAAUAAAACGAGCAAAACUAA